AUGGCACGCCGAAUAUUAAUCACCGGAGCCACUGGAAACCAAGGAGGUUCGGUGGCCAGGCUAUUGCUUCAAAGCCCGGCAGAGUUCACUGUACGCGCACUGACUCGCAACCCAGAGUCUAGUGCAGCAAAGGCACUCAGAGAUGCAGGAGCUGAAAUCGUGCGAGGCGAUCUCACUGUUCGAUCCUCCUUAGAUGCUGCUUUCAGAUGCUGCUGGGGGGCCUUUGUUGCCACGAAUUUCUAUGAUACGAUCAAAGACGAUCCCGCGAGCGAAGAGACUCAGGGACGCAAUGCAGCAGAGGCGGCGCUGGAAGCUGGCGUGCAUUGUUUUGUCUGGAGCACACUGCCCUCGUCUCUCGAGAUUUCCAAAGGAAAAGUCGCAUGUGAGAUCUACGAAGGCAAGCAUCGUGUUGACAGUUAUAUCCAUGACAUCGGCCUUCCAGCAGUUUACGUCUUCACUGGAAACUUUUAUGAGAACCAGAUCCGUCGUAGCCACGUCGUUGAGACCGACGAUACCAUUGAGUUCCGACAGCCCAUCAUCAAAGGUGAUGUGAAGCUCCACAUGCUCUGGGUGGAACUCGAUCUAGCUGCUGUUGUGAGAGCAAUCUUUGAAAGGUGGGUUUCUGCAAAGGAGACCUUGCUUUACAAGCAUCUCUAUGCAAUGGAUGCCGUGCGAAGUCCAAAUGAAAUAUGCUCAAUAAUCGAGCGAGUAACUGGAAAACCUACCAAAUAUGUUGUCCUACCUAGCACCGGGAACGAGGCUCGGGAUACCAUGUUCAAUCUAUACAACCUGACAGGAACCUAUCCAGGGGUAGAGCUGCCUGAUCCUAACGUGUUGAACCUGGGCGUGGAGCUGCAUGGAGCGGAGCAGUUUGUGCGGGAAAGACUGGUACCACAUCUCCAGCGGAUAAAAGAAUCCACGUGA